UAGCUCGACGGGGCUGGAGAGGAAGUGGAGUUUGGCUUACGUUGAGAGCAAAGUGGGCAGAGCCGUUGAAGGAUAUCAGCUCAGGCAGAGGCAGAGAGGAGGACACACACAACAGAGGAGCAAGGCGUCGACAGCAGAGGAGAGGAGGAAGGGCGGAACGAUGCGGCCGAAAGACCCACCAAAACGACGAAAAUCGGCCCAAAAUGCGACACUGGCCCGGGUAGAUGACGGCGGAUAGACACGGCCCGUGAAAAGGGGUUCCCCCGAUGUUUCACAAAUUGCGUCAACGAUGAAACGGGAUCAUCUGACCCAAGCAAAAUGGGUUGACAUUUAGCCACUAUGGAGUCACAAAAUGAAGGAUUCGGGUGAUUCGCAGAGCAACGUGGACUUCAGAGACAUGGACUGGUGUGAAGAUUUCCAAACUUAGAAGCAAAAGAAGACAGCUCUACGCCAUUCAACCGGAUAUUGCUGAAGUGGAGACAGCGUUGUUUAACGUGAAGAUGGCAAAGUGAUUUGGCAGUUAGCCAAAUUUUUGCAAGAUGAAACCUUUUUCUGACUGGACUUUGGCGUUUGGAUUUUUAUUUUCUUUUUACGACAGCAUGGACACUGGAACACCGUUGCUGGCUGCAUAGUGGACUUGUUGAAAAAUUACACUGUUGUUUUUGGGAAAACAAAAAUCAGCCUUUGUACGUUUGAUAUUCAAAUGUUGUUUUUAAAUAAAGUGUAUGUCAUCGUAUUUUUUUUCCUGGCUUUGUUUUAUUAGGGAAUUAACCUCAGAAACCACAAGAGGAUAUUUGGCGUAACAUUUUGAUAACGUUGGAGUCCAUUAGCUCGGCUGUUGGGUUUUAAUAUUUAAGCUAAUCCGCACUACAAAUUAAUUUGGUUAGCACUGACUUUCUGUCACUACUCAUGAGGGUUUGCUAAUUAAUAAGCUAGCAUAAGUGCUUACGAUAAGCUUCGUACUGGGUUGAUGAAUCUCCUAAAGUGUAAUAAUCUCUUUUUCGAGGGUUAUUCUACAAAGAAAAUUAUAAUUUGAUUGCUCAGAUGAAAGGAAAAGGGGUUAAAAAAUGAAUCAGUCCCAUUUGUAAAUACUAACUUAAUCAAUUUAAAUAAUUGAAGAAUACACUUCUAUUUGUAAAGUACACUGCAAGUAGUUGAAAAGGGUUAUGGUCUGAACAGAAAUGGUUUCCAAAGGCUCCCUAAAAUGGCCUCUGGUCGUCCCUCUUCCUGUCUGAGCAGGAAAUGAUGCAAUUGGUGCAUUAAAAAAUUAUAUAUACUUUUCAAAACCUCUCAGCAUUCUUACCAUUUUGUGAAGUGGGAUGAAAAGAUCUCAAAUUCAAGCCUGAGAGUGAAAAUUAAUGUAAGUUCAUAUAAAAGUAAAUUUUAAACAUAACAAAAGGGGUGGGACUUAAACAUCACCUGAGUGUGGGGUAAAUGGAAAUAACGUCAAUCAAAGGCAAAGCUUUCAGAGCUAGGAAGGAGCUCUAGAUGGCGGCUGAGCCUUGGGAAGGGUGCCAUGGGCUUUCGUCAGACCGUUUCUCUCGCCCGUUUUUCGACCGAGACCGCUUGAUUUUGAGCGAAAUUAAAGUGCGGUGACCGUACGAGCGGUGUUUUAACGGAAAUUUAGGCGUUUUGAGUGGUUUUUGGGCUGGUUUUUCGAGCCGCACGAGCCGUCUGUGCUGAGGGAGUGCUUGUCGUUGUUUUCCAUACUGGGCUCUGGCAGCCAUGGCGCGCCUCCAUUUUUAGUGUGCUGCUCGCCUCUGUCGCUCUGAGUCUGACAGCAGAUGAAGACUUUAGAGGCCUAAAAGCUUUCCGAAACAAAGCUCUUUUUUGUAAUUUAUUGUUAAGUUAUUAUUUUUACAGUUUGUUAUUUUUAUCCGAGUCGGAUAAAACCCUGUGUUUAGAGCGAACGUGAAUCUAAUAGUUCAUUUAUAGGUUACCACCUUUUCUUCACAUUGAAUUGGUCUGUUUACAUUGUGUGGUGUAUAAUAUUUUACUUUUCUUGUCCUUAAAUCUUAUUUUUCUCACCCUUCAUGUGAUGACGCAGUUAGAAUUAAUUGCAUGCGGCUUGAUCCGUGGACUAUAUUGAAAGACACGUUGGAUAUUUAACGCAUUUGCAACAGCACCUGUCAUUUUUCCCAGCUUUAUUUUAAUUUAGCGAUGUAAAUAAUGACACCCAAAGCUUUCGUUUUCAUGCCUUUUUUCUCAACUCGUGUCGCACCGCCUGGGUUUUAACUGCCACCUGAGCAAAGGCAAUCUUGUGGGACUUGUAUGAUAGUUCAUGCUCCUCUAACUUUUUUGACAGUAAAUACCAGGACAAAAGAGCAUCCUUUUGAAAAGAUUUUCAGGAUACUACCAUGAUGAAGAAUAAAAGUAAAAAGCAGGAGGAUGAAGGAUCGACUCAGAGCAAUGCAUCAAGCAAUUCAGCCUCAGAGGAAUCCAACCGCUCUGCGUCGGAGUCGGGAAGUCAGUCAGAGAGCGAGCAUGGCAGUGAGAGGAGGAGAUCCCACAACUCUGAAUCCAACAGCUCCUCAGAGUCAGAGAGUCACUCAGAGUCAGAGAGCGAGUCUGCCGAGUCCAAAUCACAGCAAACCGCAGCAGAAGUGAAAGACAAGCCAGUUAGAAAGAAGGAGCGUCUGGCGGAUGUGAAGAAGGUAAAGAUGUGGGACGAACAUCCAGAUGUGUAUGGAGUCAGGAGGUCGAAUCGCAGCAGACAGGAGCCGGCCCGUUUAAACAUCGGAGCUGGGGGCAGCAGCGACUCUGAGAGUGAGAGUCCCAAGAGAAAAACACCCCGAGCUAAGAAAAAAGAAAAUAUCUGGAAAGAUGAUGACUCAAAUGAUGAUGAAGAGGAGGAGGAGGAGGAGGAGGAGGAGGCUUCCGACAGUGCAGACAGUGAGCAGGAAGAGAAAAAAGUUAGAUCCAGACGACUUCCUGCUAGAAGACCUCAGACCAAAUCAUCAACAGCCAAAAAGCAGCUAUCUCAAAAAGCCAGGAAGUCCAGGAAACAGGACUCGUCUGGCGAAGAAGACGACGAUGAUGACGACGACGACGACGAUGAUGACGAUGAUGAGGAAGACACUCCCAAGAGGCAGACUCGGAGACGGGGUGCGACUAAAGUCAAAAGUUACAAAGAGGACCAACAUGACUUCGAAACAGACUCUGAUGACCUGAUUGAGAUGACAGGGGAUGUAGGCGAGGAGCAGCAGGAUGACGACAGUGAGACCAUCGAGAAGGUCAUGGACACCAGGACAGGCAAAAAAGGAGUUACCGGGGCUUCCACUACUGUGUAUGCUGUGGAGGAAAAUGGGGACCCUGGUGAGGGCUUCGACCCCGAGAACGAUGAAGGGGAGACUCACUAUCUGAUCAAGUGGAAGGGCUGGUCCUACAUCCACAACACGUGGGAGAGCAUGGACUCUCUGACGCAGCAAAAAGUCAAGGGACUGAAGAAACUGGACAACUACAAGAAGAAACAAGAUGAGCUCAAUUCAUGGUUGAGGAGGGCAUCUCCUGAGGAUGUAGAGUUUCAUAACUGCCAACAGGAGCUGGUAGCUGACUUGAACAAGCAGUUUCAGAUCGUGGAGCGAAUCAUCUCAAUAAAAACAGGAAAGACACAAGGAUCCUCUGACUUCCCCUCUCAUAGUCAUAAGACGCCAUCCUCAAAUGAGCCCGAGUAUCUAUGCAAGUGGAUGGGCUUACCCUAUUCAGAGUGCAGCUGGGAAGACGGAGCUUUGGUGAGCAAGAAGUUUCAGCACUGCAUCGACAGCUUCACGAACCGAAACUCCAGCAAAACCGUCCCCUCCAAAGACUGCAAGGUGUUAAAGCAGAGACCAAGGUUUGUUGCACUGAAGAAGCAGCCGUCAUAUAUCGGAGAUGAAAACCUUCAGUUGAGAGAUUAUCAGCUGGAUGGGUUGAACUGGUUGGCUCACUCCUGGUGCAGGUGCAAUAGCGUCAUCCUUGCUGAUGAGAUGGGGCUCGGAAAGACUAUCCAGACCAUCUCCUUCCUGUCGUACCUCUUUCACCAGCAUCAGCUGUACGGACCUUUCUUAGUAGUGGUGCCUCUGUCCACGCUCACCUCCUGGCAGAGGGAGUUUGACACCUGGGCCCCAGACAUGAACGUGGUGGUCUACCUCGGUGACGUCAUGAGCAGGAAAACAAUCCGUGACUAUGAGUGGGUGAACCAUUCAACGAAAAGAAUCCGUUUCAAUGCACUAUUAACCACUUAUGAAAUUCUACUUAAAGACAAGGGGGUGCUUGGGAACAUAAACUGGGCGUUUCUGGGUGUGGAUGAAGCUCACAGGCUGAAGAAUGACGACUCCCUGCUGUACAAAACAUUGAUGGAGUUCAGGUCCAACCACAGGCUCCUCAUUACUGGCACUCCGCUGCAGAACUCCCUCAAAGAGCUCUGGUCGCUGCUGCACUUCCUCAUGCCAGACAAGUUUGAUUCCUGGGAGGAUUUUGAGGAUGAGCACGGGAAAGGAAGGGAUAACGGUUAUCAGAGUCUUCACAAAGUCCUCGAGCCCUUCCUCCUGCGACGUGUCAAGAAAGAUGUGGAGAAAUCUCUCCCUGCCAAGGUGGAACAGAUCCUCCGUGUAGACAUGACUGCACAGCAGAAACAAUUCUACAAGUGGAUUUUAACGAGGAAUUACAAAGCUCUUUCCAAAGGCACCCGAGGCAGCUCCUCCGGCUUCCUGAACAUCGUUAUGGAGCUCAAAAAGUGCUGCAACCACAGUUUCCUCAUUAAACAGCCUGAGGACGUGGAGACUGAAACACAACAGGAACACCUGCAGAAUCUAGUGAGGGGCAGCGGGAAGCUGGUGCUGCUGGACAAGCUGCUGACCCGACUCAGGGAAAGAGGCAAUCGAGUCCUGAUCUUCUCCCAGAUGGUCAGGAUGUUGGAUAUUCUGGCUGAAUACCUCGCCAAGAAUCGCUACCCUUUCCAGCGGCUGGACGGAUCCAUAAAGGGAGAAAUCCGAAAGCAAGCACUUGACCACUUUAAUGCAGAAGGCUCAGAGGACUUCUGCUUCCUGUUAUCCACCCGAGCUGGAGGUUUAGGGAUAAAUUUGGCCUCAGCAGACACCGUAGUCAUCUUCGACUCUGACUGGAAUCCUCAAAAUGACCUGCAGGCACAAGCCAGAGCUCACAGGAUCGGCCAGAAGAAACAGGUGAAUAUUUAUCGGCUUGUUACCAAAGGGACGGUUGAGGAGGACAUCAUUGAGAGGGCAAAGAAGAAGAUGGUUUUGGACCAUCUUGUCAUUCAGAGAAUGGACACCACCGGUCGUACCGUGCUGGACAGCAACUCGGGAACCACAAAUUCAAACCCCUUCAAUAAAGAAGAACUGACUGCAAUCCUCAAGUUUGGAGCAGAGGAGCUUUUUAAAGAGGCAGAAGGAGAGGAGUCUGAACCACAGGAGAUGGAUAUUGAUGAGAUCCUGCGGUUGGCUGAGACAAGAGAAAGCGACCAGGGCUCAAGUGCUACAGAUGAACUUCUCUCUCAGUUCAAGGUGGCCAAUUUCUCCAGCAUGGAGGAGAGCACUCAAGAUUUUGAGGACAAGCCCCGGCGGGAAUGGGAUGAUAUCAUCCCUGAAGAUCAGCGGCGCAAAGUUGAGGAGGAGGAGAAGCAGCGGGAGAUGGAGGACAUCUUCAUGCUGCCCAGAAGCAGGAGCUCGAACAAGAGGGUAAGAGCUCAGGCUAAUGAUAGUGACAGUGAUGUGGGCUCCAAGCUGAAGCACCGCUCCUCAGGCUCUGACAGUGAGACUGAUGAUAGUGAUGACGAGAAGAAGCCAAAGAAGAGAGGCCGACCCAGAGCCCGCAAAAACAACGUGGAGGGUUUCACUGAUGCAGAGAUCCGCAGGUUCAUCAAGGCAUACAAGAAAUUUGGAUCUCCACUAGAGAGGUUGGAGGCCAUCGCCCGAGACUCGGAGCUGGUCGACAAAUCCAUAGCAGACCUGAAAAGACUUGGUGAACUGAUUCACACAAGUUGUGUGGCUGCAGUGCAGGAGCAUGAGGAACACCUUAAAGAGAACCCAGUUGAAGCCAAAGGUCCUGGGAAACGGCGAGGAAUUAACAUCAAGAUCUCGGGAGUGCAGGUCAACGCCAAGUCCAUCAUCCAGCACGAGGAGGAGUUUGAGCCCCUGCACAAAGCAGUGCCUGUCGAUCCUGCUGAGAGAAAUAAGUUCAAGCUGACAUGCAGAGUCAAGGUAGCUCAUUUUGAUGUAGAGUGGGAUCUGCAGGAUGACAUUCAGCUGUUGCUUGGCACCUAUGAGCACGGCUUUGGAAACUGGGAUCUGAUCAAGACGGACCCUGACCUUAAACUCGCUGAUAAGAUUCUCCCAGAUGAUCCGAGCAAGAAGCCUCAGGCCAAGCAGUUGCAGGCGAGAGCAGAGUAUCUUCUCAAGCUGCUGAAAAAAGAGCAAGACAAUGCAGACCUGUCUAAAACAGGGGAGGAGGUCAAAGUGAGGAAGAGGAAGCCUCGGGUGAAAAAGGAGAACAAGAUUCUCAAGGACGAGCAGGGCAAUGACAUCUCCUCCCCCCGCCUGUCCGACAACCCGUCAGAGGAGGGCGAGGUCAAGGAUGAUGGAGCAGAGAAGUCCCCCGCCAAGAAAAGACAAAAGAAAAAGGAUAACAAAGAGAACAAAGAGAAACAGGGAACUCCUAAAAAAGAGAAGGACGGGGACAAAGAGAAAAAGGGUACCAAGCCCAGAAAAGAAAAGGCUAAAGGAGCCAAAGGGAAGAAGACUCAGGGUCCAGUUCACAUCACGGCUGGGUCUGACCCCAUUCCCAUCGAAGGAAAGGAGGAUGAUGAACUCGACCAGGAGACUUUCAGUAUUUGUAAGGAACGCAUGAGGCCAGUGAAAAAGGCUCUGAAGCAGCUGGAUAAACCAGACGAGGGUCUGUCCGACCAGGAGCAGCUCCAGCACACUCGCACAUGCCUACUGAAGAUUGGAGACCGAAUCACAGAGUGCCUUAAAGCCUACAGUGACCCCGAACAUGUUAAAAUAUGGCGGAGAAACCUCUGGAUAUUUGUGUCCAAGUUUACAGAGUUUGGUGCCAGGAAGCUUCACAAGCUUUACAAAAUGGCACAGAAGAAGCGAUCACACGAGGAAGAGAAGGAGCAGAAGAAGAAGGACGACCCUGCAGGGAGGGGGAAAAACUUCAGACCGGAGCCCUCUGGAUCCAGUCGAGACUCCUCGAGUACUCAGUCGUCCUCCAAACCUGUCCCUCACUCGUCUCAGCCAGGCCCCCAUGGACACCACAGAGAGUCGUACAACUCGGCUAACAAGCGGCACUUUGGAAAUGAUGAUAGAGGCGACUGGCAGAGGGAUCGUAAAUACAACUACCCAGGUAACAGCAACCAGUCAUGGCAGGGAGACCGACAUCAUCCAUAUGAUCGCUACAAGGAUCACUAUGGCGAUCGGCGUCCACACGGAGACUCGUACCGCAGCUCAGGAGGUUACCGCAACAACAGCUCCCCUCGGAAAAGGCCGUAUGAGCAGUACAGCAACGACCGGGACCACAGGGGUCACAGACCCUAUUAUGACAGGCAUUCAGACCCCAAAAGAAGACGUCCUGAUGAAUUCCGUCCCAACUACCACCAGGGAAGAGAUGGCCCUCUUCAGGACUUCAGGAGGAUGCCAGAGCACAGGCCGUCAGGUCCACCUGGGCCGGAGCACUAUAACAGACCCUUCCACCCUGACAAACCUCCUCCGCUGCUGGACCCUCGCUCCCCGCAGGCUCAGAAGUCUCCCCAGGACUCGCGCUCCCCACCGGAGCGGCCCAUAGAUCCAAAUAUCGUGGCAGACCCUAACUGGAACAACAGGAAAACAUAAAAGUACGCCAGCACUGGCUGAGAAACUGAUCUGGGCGUUUCUGUCCAGGGUCAAAGCCACAUACAUGCUGCUGAUGGACAAGUCUCGACUCGCCAAUCAUAAGCUCACAGUUGGAAAGGGAAUCAACACGUACCCUCUUUACCAGCAAAACUAUCUUUGCUCUUUUUCUCCCAGUGACUGUGGCUGUGAAUGAUUUGUACCCUGAAGGAAGAAGUGUGUGUUACUCCUGUCAUCUUCUCGAUGAAAAACUUAAGCAUCUUUAUUUAAAUGAAUUGACUCAAAUCAGUCGACCGCGGUGAGACUGAGCGGAGUGCUUAUGGAUGCUUAGUCCCAUGGACUAUUUUCUAAGCAGAAUUUAGGAUAAAUGAACUGAUGACUGAUCUCAAAAAUCCUAAAAGUGCCUGAAGGCUUUGGCCUUUCUGAACGGUUAAUGUAUGGGAUUAUUCCCAAAAGGAAGCAUGACACGGACAUUAUUAUUUUUUUGUGUUUAGCUUUAAGUCUUGCUGAUGAUGUCAUUAGAAGAUUUCAACUUGAGAAGAAUGUGUAAUGUGUUAUCAUCCGCACCUUCGAAAUGUUUAUCUUGAACAUGUAGCUGAACUGAAUCACCAUGUGGGGUUAAAACGGUGGUGUCGGUGGCACGGCCUAAUAACUCUUACGAAAUUUGAAUGAUCAAUGAAGCCAGUAUAUUUCCUCUAAACACUCUACAGAAUGUUUUAGCAAACUUCAUAUUGCUCAUGUGUACAAAUAAUCAUUAUUUCUGUAACUGUGUAGCUCUAUAAAUCAUGGCAAUCCUCUUGCUUUGUUCACUUUAACCACUUUCCCUCGUAGUAGGCCCAAUGAAAUGGAAGCUUUCUAAGCAGUAUUUAUUACAACAACUUGUGCAAAGGCUCAUAACACUAUGACUAGAACAAUCCUUUAUUUUGCCUUUCAGUAUUACGACGGUUAAGAAUGGUACUCCAGUGUAGUUUCAUGAAUUCACCUAGAAUGGAAGUACUCGAUUACGUCUGAAAAUACUACAAGAUAAAACAUUUUCUUUCCUUAUCAAUGGUUUGGCGAUGCUGUCGGUGUUAGGUUGCUUAAGGAUUAUCAGGAAGUCGCUGAUGACAUUUCAUCAUGUUUAUUACCUUUGGUCACUUUUCUCCCUGUGCCAAACCUGCAACCUGCGCUGGCCCCCAAAUGUUCUUUUUUUUUUAAUUUUUUUUUUUUUAAGCUUCUCCAUUUGUGCCUUAUUUAUGUGUGUAUUAUCAUACUGUAUGUUUUUCAUGGACAGUACCAGGGCCUGACACAGGCAGGAUGUAGUAUUACAGUCUCAUUUUAAAGAAAUGGCUCUGAAUGAACUGGUGAAGGGACCAUGUAUUCUGGUAAUCAUCAUGUGGUUCUGGGGUUUCCAAAAGAGUUGAUGAUUUGAGGGGAGGAAAAAAACAACAUAAAUAUAAAGAAAUCGUGUGUGUGUGUAUGUGUGUGUGUGUGUGUGUGUGUGUGUGUGUGUGUGUGUGUUUUCAUCUGGGGCACUUAGCCGACCUGUUACAGUGAACAGCCAGCGCAUCUUUUCUUCCACGUUAAGCAAGCUACAGUUCCUGUAUCAUAUGUUCUUUAAGAAAGUCUAGAUAAUUUAUAUUUGUGACAAAAACCACUCUUCAUGAGAAAUGUGCUGUACAUAUGUUUGGACAUAUGUAAUAAACUUUGUUACACAAUGAAAA